AUGUAUGCAAGGACAAUAAAGCACAAAAACCAAAGAUGGAAUUACUUGCUUCAGCAAAGCAAAUAUUUUUUCAGUUCUAACUUUGGUGAUUUCUCCGUGGGACAAUGCCUGAGCCCUUUACCAAGUACGAGCAGUUUGACCCGGAGAUAUUUAUCAAACACUUCAAGUUUGUUUGGACUAGCUUCCCGGAGAAAAUGCACAAAAUUGCAUUGGAGGUCGGAUGUUCAUUUGAGAAACUUCCCGCCAAGAUUUUAUAGUUCGGAAGGUGAUGGAAGGAACACAAGUGAGGACAAGCAUGUGGACAGCAAAGCUGUUGCUGAUUGUGAAAAGGCAAAUAUUCCUUCUCGAAAUACUGCAGAUAGUGCAUGGCACAGUGAUGCUCAUGCCCGACUAGGGAAGCAAGAUCAACUGGAUUGGCUAAAAAAUGAAAAGCUUGCUAUGGAGAACAAGAAAAAGGAGUCCCCCUUUCUAACUCGUCGGGAAAGAUUUAGAAAUGAGUUUUUGCGAAGGAUUGUUCAUUGGGAGAAAAUAACCGUCUCGUGGGAUACUUUUCCUUAUUAUCUUCAUGAGAACACCAAGAACCUUCUGGUGGAAUGUACAGCCUCCCAUUUGAAACAUAAGAAGAUUACAACUGAUUAUGGAGGCUGUUUGACUUCUUCGAGCGGGAGGAUUCUGCUCCAGAGCAUUCCAGGAACGGAGCUAUACCGGGAAAGAUUGGUCAGAGCACUUGCUCGAGACUUACAAGUUCCCCUUUUGGUGCUUGAUGGCAACAUUUUAGCUCCUUAUGAUAUUGGUGAAGAUGAAAGUGAAUCAGAUGGGGACAACUCUGAGUGCGCUUCUGAGUCUGAAACUGAGGAUGAAAAUGAUGCAAGUAAUGAGGAAGAUUAUACCAGCAGUGGUGAGACUAAAGCUGAAGGUAGUGAUGAUGAAGUUGAUAUUAAUGCGUCAGUUGAAGAUCUGAGGAAGCUGAUACCAUGCAACAUUGAAGAGUUUGAGAAGAGUGUUUCUGGAGACACUGAAAGCUCGUCCACAUCCUCAAAAGCAGAAACUGAGGAGCCAUCUGAGAAAGCUAGCCUUCCACUAAAGAGAGGUGACCGAGUGAAGUACAUUGGGCCUUCCGUUUGCAUUGAAGCGAAUAACAGGAUUGUAUUGGGGAAGAUACCGACAUCUGAUGGUCCAAAGAAUGUUUAUACUGUAAUUCGUGGCAGGACUUUGUCCAGCGGGCAACGAGGGGAGGUGUAUGAAGUAAAUGGAGACCAAGUAGCUGUUGUUUUUGACAUUAGUAGUAAGACAGAGGAAGUAAAGGAUGAGAAAAAUGCAGAAACUGCUACAAAACCAUCAAUUUGUUGGCUUAAUGCGAAGGAUAUAGAGCAUGAUCUUGAUGCUCAAACUCACGACUUUUAUGUUGCAAUGGAAGUCCUUUGUGAGAUUUUGGAGUCUCAACAACCACUUGUGGUCUAUUUUCCAGACUCUUCUCUAUGGUUUUUGAGGGCAGUUUCGAAGUCAAAUAGAAAAGAGUUCAUCGACAAGAUGCAAGAGAUGUUUGACCGAUUAUCAGGACCGGUUGUUUUGAUCUGUGGACAAAAUAAAGUGGAAAGUGGGUCAAAAGAAAAGGAGAAAUUUACAAUGAUACUUCCCAAUUUGGGCCGUCUGGCAAAGCUGCCUCUUUCUUUGAAGACACUUACGGAGGGAUUAAAACCUAGUAAACGAUCAGAUGAGGAUGAAAUAUAUAAGUUAUUUACUAAUGUGAUGUGUAUACAUCCUCCAAAGGAGGAAGAUCAGUUGAGGAUAUUUAAUAAGCAAAUUGAAGAAGACAGGAGAAUAGUGAUAUCCCGAAGCAACUUGAGUGAAAUUCAUAAGGUUCUUGAGGAACAUGAUUUGUCAUGCAUGGACUUGUUGCAUUUGAAUACUGAUGGUAUUAUAUUGACGAAAGAGAAAGCAGAGAAGGUUGUUGGCUGGGCCAAAAGUCAUUACCUAUCCUCCUGUCUUCUUCCUUCUGUUAAGGGGGAUCGGUUACAGCUUCCCCGUGGAAGCCUUGAACUUGCAAUUUUGAGGCUAAAGGAGCAGGAAAUAGUUUCCAGGAAGCCUUCACAAAAACUAAAGAGUCUUGCUAAGGAUGAGUAUGAGACCAACUUCGUAUCAGCCGUAGUUCCUCCUGGUGAGAUUGGUGUGAAAUUCGAUGAUGUUGGUGCCCUUGAAGACGUGAAGAAAGCGCUUAAUGAACUCGUAAUUCUCCCCAUGCGGAGGCCCGAGCUAUUCUCGCAUGGAAAUUUGCUGCGGCCUUGCAAAGGGAUAUUGCUUUUUGGUCCCCCUGGAACUGGAAAGACACUUCUUGCCAAGGCGCUUGCAACAGAAGCUGGGGCUAACUUCAUCAGCAUUACUGGUUCAACACUCACAUCUAAGUGGUUUGGGGAUGCUGAAAAACUUACCAGAGCACUCUUUUCAUUUGCUAGCAAGCUAGCUCCUGUAAUUAUUUUCGUGGAUGAGGUGGACAGUUUGCUAGGUGCUCGUGGUGGAUCUUUCGAGCAUGAAGCAACUAGAAGAAUGCGUAAUGAGUUUAUGGCGGCUUGGGAUGGCUUGAGGUCGAAAGAUAGCCAAAGGAUUCUUAUCCUUGGUGCUACAAACAGGCCAUUUGAUCUUGAUGAUGCUGUCAUUCGCCGUCUGCCAAGAAGGAUUUACGUGGACCUCCCUGAUGCUCAAAAUCGUCUGAAAAUACUGAAGAUAAUACUAGAUCGAGAAAACCUGGAAGCAGGGUUUCCAUUUGAUCAACUUGCGAAUGCCACUGAAGGUUAUUCAGGGAGUGAUCUAAAGAACCUUUGCAUUGCUGCAGCAUAUAGACCUGUUCAAGAAUUACUGGAAGGAGAAAGCAAGGAUGACACGAUAGACGGAGGACCAAUCUUGAGACCACUCAAGCUAGACGAUUUUAUCCAUUCUAAAGCAAAGGUGGGCCCAUCAGUUGCGUACGAUGCAGCGAGUAUGAACGAGCUGAGGAAAUGGAACGAUCAAUACGGUGAAGGAGGAAGCCGAAGAAAAUCUCCGUUUGGUUUUUGA